AUGGGUACGGGUUCUGCAGAUGCACCGAAAAUGUCACCUAAGUACCCCAGAUCGAUCCUUCACGACGAAAAUGAAGCUGGAAUCGAAAUAUCUGUUCUUGGGGCUAGGUGGUGGAGGAGGGCGGCUAUGAACGACGACAUAGGAGAUGGCGUCCCGAGGUUGCCACCCCUGCCGGGAAACAGCAUAGAGGUGGGUUCAACAUCGACAAAUCGGAGAGCGGGGGAUUGGGACUGGGGACGGAAGGACAACACAGAGGAUGAUGGCGAAAAUGGGACGCCUCUUGUGGCCAAGAAGACGGAUAAGAGAGGUGCGGUUAUCGUGAAUGCCAGCGAGUCGAGCAAGAAGGUGAAGAGCCAAGUGCAAAGCAUGGCCCUCAAAUUCUACUUGCUUUUCCCAAGGAUUGAGAAAGCGUACGGUGAAAAAUUUUGGAUCGAUGCUCGAUCGAGGGAUAUGAAAAUUUCAGCUGUCUGCCUUAGAAGAAUCAAAAUUCCGGCAACAGGAUCGAGGGUCUGAUGAACGAUGAUGACGAUGGUUAUUCACCUUCUACUUGCGUUUCAUCCAACUCCUCUCGCACUUCCCAGUUUGGCCCUGCAUCCUAAACAAAGAUUUUUGUCAUAAUUCCAACUAAUGAAUGAUGAGCUCGAGAGUGGUCAAGCAUAGAAUCAGCCCUUUGAUGGUUGAUAUCCAUGAAACAACUCUUUCUUGCACUUUGGAGGACCUUGAUAGAAGGAAUGGGACAAACUGGGCUUCGAACUCGUGCUUUCCAGUGCAAGAUUUGAAGAGUGAGCUACGAUACUUUCGAGGUUUAGUAAUGUGGAUGUUGAUUAUAAUAAGAAUGGAGGAGAUGAUCAUGGAACUAUGAAGCUGGUCGAGAGAGAUAAAGCAAGCAAAACUGUUACAGACAAGAAAAAGAAGUGUCUUGUCCAUAGACACAAGCUUUUAAAAUUCCCUCAUUUUUAACACAAACGAUUUUCUCCCAGGCUCGAACGCAAUUCGGAGGAAACAGGUGUUUGCACAGCCUAUCAAAUCCCGUGACCAUCAUAUGAGAUCCAAUGCAAGGUGCAGCAAAGCCUAAAGGACCACUGGAGGCUCUCCGGCCAAAGCUACAGAGGUGAAAGUUCUAUCUGAUGUACCAAGUUUUGGUGUGUGAAUAUGCUGUUGGGCAAAAUUGUGAUCAUUUCUCAGCAGGAAACAUGUUCCGGAAAGUCGACACUAGAUUUACUGGAAAAUGACGGAAAGUUACCUGAGACGAGGAGAAAAAGAUUUGAGGAAUGUGGGUCAAAAUUUCAAAUCAUUCGGAUAAGCGUGCAAGAAGUUAGAGCUAAUCGAGCCUCGAAAAUCAAGUAGAAGCCUAAUUCUGCGCCCGUGAAUCCAUUUUCGCGAGCUGUUCAGAACUCGCGAGCUACUCUAGCCCGCGAGUUUUCCAUUCCGCGCCCGCGAAAAGACCCUAGCCCGCGAGUUCGGCAUGUGCAUGGUCAGAGAACAAACUUCGAGCCUGCGAAAACGUUGCCCUAUCCCGCAAAUCACUGCUAAGCCGUGAGUUUCCUUUGCUUCCAGCGAAAACUACCCGCAAAAAUCAAGUGCUAACUCGCGAGUUCGACCUAACCUGUGAGUUUGAUUCAUUUAAUGUGUGUGUUUUUAGUGUGUGUUUGUGUGGUAUGUAUAAAUAAACCUUUGUGUGUGUAUUUUGGGACCAUUCCCUCAUUUCCCAACUUUAGAGUUGGGAAAAACCCUCUCUUCUCCUUCUUCUCUCUAUAUUUUUGUGCUUUGGUGUGGAGAUACAAGGCUUGACAUUUUCCGGCGACUUUUCUGGUAACUUUUCCGGUUAUCUUAUUUUUAUCUAAAAUUCGUUCUCUACGCAUUAUUUUCGUCCAAUCUUGCAAUAGGAAAAUAGUUACCUUGAUUAGGGCUUAUUAUUUCGAGUUGUGAUUUGGUUGGAAUGAUGUGUUUAUGUUCGAUUUUGGGCUUUGCUUUAUUUCCCUUGCUUGUUUGUGUGUGUUAGGGUUCGAUACGUGCUUAUCUAGUAUAGAGGUCCCGACUUGCUUAAAGCGGGAUGAUCUAGAGUAGAAGGCUCGUGUUAGAAUACCUAGAAUCACUAAGCUAGCAUGUUUUCUUUUUGUUAUUUUUAUUUUCGUCAAGCUAUAUAGACUCCGUGCAACCAAUGUUCGAUAUUUCUUUCGAUUCUUGCAUUGUUACCAUUGGCUUUUAGGUUAUUAGUUUAAAUUCACCCAAAAUCAAUCCCAAUCAAGCGAGUAGAAUGUGUAGGACUCUAUUUCCGGUUGUGUGGCUUUGAGGACUAGAUAGUGAACGAAGCUCCGAAGAGCCUUCCUUUGAGAACGACCCGAGUCGGGUAACUCUGUUACCACAUGCCCAAAAAUACUACAAACAUAAGGUACACAAAUAAUUAACAUGAAUUUGGAUUUCCUCGCGUCCCGAAUGUCAAUAAUAGACUCCAUAUGAAAAAAUAAAGGAACACAUCUAUUCAUGAUAUAAGAUUGUGUUAUUAAGUGUGUAAAAAUAAAGUAACCACCUUGUGCUCUGUGCCUCAAGCACCCUGCAACUCUGCAGGGAAGUUUACGCUUGAGGAGAUGCACAUUCAUAUAUAAAAAAAUCAACAUACUUGUUGCAUACCUGUACUGCAGCAGUAACCAUAAGAGUAGGCAGAGUAGAUAAGGCCACAAAUGCUAGCCGCACUGCAGAACCAGCCCAAUGAGAAAACCAACUACAACAGCUGCACUAUCUUGUAACAUUGAAAGUUGGUUGCUGAAAGCAGCUCUCACAAAUGUAGCAUCAUUCACCGUGCGACAGGACAGGUUAUCUGCACUGUAGGCUAAAUGUUUGUGAAUUAGAAAACUCUCAUUCUUAGGAUCAGACGUCAAAAGUGGGGAAAUAUGAGAUUCGGGAUAUGAAGCAUUUGUUUGUAGAUGUGUGGGAUGAACAUCAAUCUUGGGUAACUCAGGUAAUCGCAUCUCGAAACUAUCCCGCCUCUUUAUUGUUGGUUCUAUAGCCGUCAAAACAUUUUCAAUCAAUUCUUCUGGGAGUAAAAGCUCAGAAUUUUGGGACUCCUAUGUAAUAUCAACAACCCGAAACAUGGGGUGGCCAGCAACAGGUAAAUGACGCAAAUUGUAAUUAUUUCAGUUGUUGCUUUUCUUAUAAACUGAGACUAAACAAUUUUUGUACUUUAUGUUCUAUCUUGUGCCGAAUAUGAAGUUGGGAAUCAAGUAAUUGGAAUUAUUAGCAGAUUGGGGGUAUUUAUGGUUCAGACAUCAAGCUUCCUAAAGUGGUCUUUACGUUAGAUGAUAUCCCAUGAUAUAAUUUUUGUCGAAUUUUUUAAUUUUUUAAUUUAUUUUUGUGCUUGCUGAAAGAUACCUACAGUUGGUCUCUACACCUACCUGACCAACUACACAAUGCUUUGCUUGUGGAUUGGAAAUGCGAUAAAGUACUUCUUCCUUGAGUUUAACCAUACCUUUUCCGCUUUUCAUCAUCGCACAAAUGUUUAAAACUAUUAUGGUCUUUUGGUUUUUCGUGUCUUUACGUGAUGUUUUGUAAUCAAAU